AUGACGGUAAUCAUGGACAGUUGUGAUGGGAACAACCCAGAUAACCCCAUGAACUGGAAGCAUGGUGGCUCCUAUGAUCUUGACAAAGUUAAAUUUGAGGUCAUCCCCAACAAGAAACACUACGUCCCUGGAAUCUGCAGCUUCCAUGUCCAUCAAAUUGAAACCUACUAUUGCGCUGACUUGGCUGGAACCCUCCGACGCUAUAAAUAUACGACUAAUGUUACUGCUAAAGAUUCUAAGGGCAACAUUCUUUUUACUAGCGGAGAUAUGGAAGCUGGCGACCCUAAUUCGUAUAAAAUGGGUGCGGUGUAUUACGACACAUUGGUGCUCACUCCUGAGUCUCGGGGAGAUUAUAUCCAGUUCAAUCUUGGUGGUCAGAGCUGGACGACGAAGGAUGUUGGAGCUCAAGGUCAGAAGUGCAAGGUUGGGGAUUGGGAUUCUAGACUUAAGCCUACGGACUAUUCGCGCACGGGACGAGAUAUGGAUUGUAGCAUGCAGUGCUGA